AUGUACCAAGAAUUCGGAUUGCAGGCCGGGACUUGUUUGCAGAGUUGCAACGACCAUUGCAUGCCCAAGCCGCCGACUUGCGGACAAGGCGGCUUUGACUGGGCAGAGUGGCGAGGCCCUUUAUCCUGGAGCAGUGUGAAAUCGCCUCCGUUUGCAGAGUAUGACCCGGCCGUGUUCAAGUCCCAAAAGCCUGAGCAUGACGGUCGAACAAACGCGCUGCUUAUUGACAACCCAAAGGAUUUAUACGGACAGGCCAUAGAUAUCAACCUUGCUUCUGUGAUACACCAGGGAUUCCUCCUGGCUCCGGAAUCAGGCAACUACACGUUCAUCUUUGGGCAGGCAGACGAUAUUGUUCUGGUCUGGCUGGGCAACAACGCCUUCCGCGGUUGGACUCGGGCAAACGCAGACAUUGAGAGGACGUAUAUCCCGCCUCCCGGUGACGAGACGCAUACCACAAGGCACCUGGAGCAGGGGACGUAUUACCCGGUCAGAGUGGCAUGGGGUGACAAGGGAGGAAAUACAGCCAUGUCGGUCAAAAUCAUUGCCCCAAAUGGCACGGAAUUGACCGGCCAGGACAAUGGCUACUUCAGGACCGAAGCGUGUGACGGUUCGUACGACAAGUUCCCUCCAUAUGGUCCGUCGUAG